AAUCAGAUUUUCCGGUCCGUCGCCACCUACUCCGGACACAGAACAUCCAGUCAUGGAUAAAAACGAGCUGGUACAGAAGGCCAAACUGGCUGAGCAGGCUGAGCGAUAUGAUGACAUGGCAGCCUGCAUGAAGUCUGUAACUGAGCAAGGAGCUGAAUUAUCCAAUGAGGAGAGGAAUCUUCUUUCAGUUGCUUAUAAAAAUGUUGUAGGAGCCCGUAGGUCAUCUUGGAGGGUCGUCUCCAGUAUUGAGCAAAAGACGGAAGGUGCUGAGAAAAAACAGCAGAUGGCUCGAGAAUACAGAGAGAAAAUAGAGACCGAGCUAAGAGAUAUCUGCAAUGAUGUACUGUCUCUUUUGGAAAAGUUCUUGAUCCCCAAUGCUUCACAAGCAGAGAGCAAAGUCUUCUAUUUGAAAAUGAAAGGAGACUACUACCGCUACUUGGCUGAGGUUGCGGCUGGUGAUGACAAGAAAGGGAUUGUGGAUCAGUCACAGCAAGCAUACCAAGAAGCUUUUGAAAUCAGCAAAAAGGAAAUGCAACCAACACAUCCUAUCAGACUGGGUCUGGCCCUUAACUUCUCUGUGUUCUAUUAUGAGAUUCUGAACUCCCCUGAGAAAGCCUGCUCUCUUGCAAAGACAGCAUUUGAUGAAGCCAUUGCUGAACUUGAUACAUUAAGUGAAGAGUCAUACAAAGACAGCACGCUAAUAAUGCAGUUACUGAGAGAUAAUUUGACAUUGUGGACAUCGGAUACCCAAGGAGACGAAGCUGAAGCAGGAGAAGGAGGGGAAAAUUAACCGGCCUUCCAACUUUUGUCUGCCUCAUUCUAAAAUUUACACAGUAGACCAUUUGUCAUCCAUGCUGUCCCACAAAUAGUUUUUUGUUUACGAUUUAUGACAGGUUUAUGUUACUCCUAUUUGAAUUUCUAUAUUUCCCAUGUGGUUUUUAUGUUUAAUAUUAGGGGAGUAGAGCCAGUUAACAUUUAGGGAGUUAUCUGUUUUCAUCUUGAGGUGGCCAAUAUGGGGAUGUGGAAUUUUUAUACAAGUUAUAAAUGUUUGGCAUAGUACUUUUGGUACAUUGUGGCUUCACAAGGGCCAGUGUUAAAACUGCUUCCAUGUCUAAGCAAAGAAAACUGCCUGUAUAUUGGUAUGUCCUGGUGGGGAAUAAAAGGGAUAAUUGGUUCCAGUCACUGGUGGUGUUGUGGGUACUUCUUAGGUUUGGAGCACUUACACAGCUGUAGCAGAAAUGGAUAUCCCGUGGAUAUCGCAUGUUAAACCAUGUGUUAUCUGUGGAAUACUCAGACGCAGUGUGCACACUGUUGACUGCAGCUACAGGAGUGUUCCUUUAGUUGUGACCCAAUUUACUCUGGAUAAGGGCAGAAACGGUUCACAUUCCAUUAUUUGUAAAGUUACCUGCUGUUUGCUUUCAUUAUUUUUGCUACACUCAUUUUAUUUGUAUGUAAAUGUUUUAGGCAACCUAAGAACAAAUGUACAAGUAAAGAUGCAGUAAAAAUGAAUUGCUUGAUAUUCAUCACUUCAUGUAUAUCAAGCACAGCAGUAAAACAAAAACCCAUGUAUUUAACUUUUUUUAGUUUUUUUUUUUUUGCUUUUGUGAUUUUUUUUUUUUUUUUUUUUUGAUACUUGCCUAACAUGCAUGUGCUGUAAAAAAUAGUUAACAGGGAAAUAACUUGAGAUGAUGGCUAGCUUUGUUUAAUGUCUUAUGAGAUUUUCAUGAACAAUCCAAGCAUAAUUGUUAAGAACACGUGUAUUAAGUUCAUGUAAGUGGAAUAAAAGUUUUAUGAAUGGACUUUUCAA